AUGCAAUUCGCAUUACCUCCGCGGCGCAGCCCGCACCCUUUGCCUAUUGCCCGUUCCUCUCGAAUGCCAACCUACCGCAGGAAGCAGCUCAAGUCGGUCGCUGUUUUAGCAUUCGCAAUACUAGCACUUCUAUACAUCGUUCACCACCUCUACUCCACAUCCUCGUUUGUUGUGGCUUCAGCGAGCACUUCGGGGGUUGUCAUCGUCACAUUACUAGACCGCCACCGGUUCAGUGAAAGCUACGUCAAAAAGAUUGUCGCCAACAGGGAAGACUAUGCCAAGCGUCACGGCUAUACAAACUUCUUCGCGAAUGUGUCCGACUAUGACGACGCUGUCGGCGAGUCCCCUAAGAGCUGGGCUGUCGCACCAGCCGUUCGCCAUGCCAUGGCUCAGCAUCCUCACGCGGCCUAUUUUUUCAACCUAAGCCCUCACUCACUGAUCAUGAAUCCGACCAAAUCUCUCAAAUCUCAUUUGCUUGAUAAGGGACGGCUUGAAGAGUUGAUGAUGAAGGACGUUCCCGUUGUGCCGCCGGACAGCAUAAUUAAGACGUUCGCUCAUCAAAAGGAGAAAGAUGUCGACCUGAUCAUCACUCAAGACAAGGAAGACCUCAAUCCCGGAAGCUUUAUUCUCAGAAGUGGAGAAUUCGCCCGCUUUUUCCUAGAUGUGUGGUUCGACCCUCUAUUCCGAAACUACAACUUUGCCAAGGCUGAAACUCAUGGAUUGGACCACAUCAUGCAGUGGCAUCCGACUGUCCUAGCUCGAACCGCUUUGGUGCCCCAGCGAGUCAUAAGCUCAUACAGUAAGGGCUCCCCAAGAGCCUCCUCAGACGGCACAUACAAAGAGGGUGAUCUGGUGAUCCAGUUCCGUGGAUGUGAGGACACGGAGGGCCGUGACUGCGAACAAGAGCUGGAGCCAUACUACAAAGCAUGGCAGAAGGUGGUCAAGAGUAACUAG